AAUACAGUUGUGAAUAUGGCUCGCUCAAGUUUUAUGCUCUCUGUGGCGUUGGUGGGGUCCUAAGUUGUGGCCUGACACACACUGGUGUCGUACCUCUGGAUUUAGUGAAAUGCCGUAUGCAGGUUGAUCCACAAAAAUACAAGAGCAUCUUCAAUGGAUUUUCAGUGACAAUCAAGGAAGAUGGUGUUCGUGGCUUGGCUAAGGGAUGGGCUCCAACUUUUAUUGGCUAUUCCAUGCAAGGGCUUUGUAAAUUUGGUUUUUAUGAAGUUUUCAAAAUCUUGUAUGGCAACAUGCUGGGAGAGGAAAAUGCCUAUUUGUGGCGUACUUCGCUAUAUUUAGCUGCAUCUGCCAGUGCGGAGUUUUUUGCUGACAUUGCUCUGGCUCCAAUGGAAGCUGCUAAAGUUCGCAUUCAGACACAGCCUGGAUAUGCAAACACUCUACGGCAGGCUUUACCCAAAAUGUUUGCAGAGGAAGGCAUCUGGGCUUUCUAUAAAGGUGUUGCUCCACUAUGGAUGAGACAGAUUCCAUACACAAUGAUGAAGUUUGCCUGCUUUGAACGUACUGUUGAAGCUCUCUACAAGUAUGUUGUUCCCAAGCCACGAAGUGAAUGUACAAAAGGAGAACAGCUGGUAGUCACAUUUGUUGCAGGCUAUAUUGCUGGUGUGUUCUGUGCAAUUGUUUCCCAUCCUGCUGACUCUGUGGUGUCUGUGUUGAACAAAGAAAAGGGCAGCUCAGCUUCACAGGUUCUUAUGAGGCUUGGAUUCAGAGGUGUAUGGAAAGGUCUGUUUGCUCGUAUCAUUAUGAUUGGUACCCUGACUGCACUACAGUGGUUCAUCUACGAUUCUGUCAAGGUUUAUUUCAGACUUCCUCGCCCACCUCCACCUGAAAUGCCAGAAUCUCUGAAGAAGAAGCUUGGUCUAACUGAAUAGACAACUCAUGGACUGACUCCUGGCUGACCCAGUGAUGAGUUUCAUGAAACUUUUAUAUAUUUGACUAUGUAGAAAACAAACUAUAUAAUGUCAUUAUUGGUUGUGCCCUCAUCUCACAUGAGGGUUUAAAUUCUACCACUGUCAUUGCCUGAAAUAAAUGAGAAACAGAGUGCUUAGUGUCUGUUUACUACUGCAUAUGUAAGCUUCAUUUCAUAGUAGCAAAUACCUCAAAGACUCUCCUGGCUUCCCCCCUCCCACCCCAAAAAAGUUUUUAAAAAAAAUACCCUGUAUCACACUUUAGAAACUAGAGAAAUGUUACCCUUCCACUUAAAAUUAGGUUUUCACUGUUUCCAGAGAAGUGCCAAGAACCUGUCCUUGCACUUGGAGCCCACUGAUCAUUUGCCUGUAAUAAGCUGUUACUGUAGAACAGCUGAACUCCUGAAUGGCUGAGACGAGACUGGAGUCUGAUGGGGCAUCCUAGUCAUGAUAUCAGUGUUUCCCACAGAGAUAAAAGGAACCUUAUGCAUACUAGAGCUGUUUCUGCCUUGGGAUGGUCAUCCCAACUUAACUUACGCAUACUUGACUAAUUUUUGCUUCUGUUGGCUUUGAACCACACCAAAGAACUCGGCUCUUCUGAUUGUCCUGUGGAAUUAAACAGUAGUUGCUACCUCUUAACUAGAGAAAAGCUGAUGUUAAUAAAGAUUUUCAAAUAUAUUUGACUACUAAUGGUGUACUUCAGCUUUACAAUAAAAUAAAAAUGGCUUGUCUUUUACUCUAGAGUUUGAAAAA